AUGGUUGUUACUGCUAAGGAGAACUUGACAGGCCCGGCCCCGGCCCCGGCCCCGGCGCCGCCGCCAUGUCGCGGGGGGGCAGCGCGGCGCCCGCCCCGCCUCCCACAAGGCCGCGCGGCCGCGGCAGCCACGGGGCCGGCGGCAGCCACGGGCGCCGCGCGCAGCAGGGCCGCGCCGCCGCCGCGCUCGCGCCCGCCCCUCGCCGGGCGCCCCGAGCGGGCGGCGCCGGCGCAGGACGCGCCCCCCGCCCCGGCCGUCGCCGCGCCGCGGCCCGCAACCGCGGGGGCCGGCCCCGGCUGCCCCCCCGCGGCCGCCGCCGCGCCGCUGACGCCGCUGGAAUGGCGCAUCGCGGAGCUGCACCGGGAGGCCGUCGCGGCUGGCCAGCAGAGCUAUGUGGAUCCAGUUACGGGUUAUUUAGUGUUCACCAAAGUUGCCCACUUGCAGCGAGGUAAAUGCUGUGGCAGUGCGUGCAGACAUUGUCCAUAUGAGCAAGUUAAUGUGAAAGACCCGUCCAAAAAGAAGCACUUCAAUUCUCUUUUUUAUGUUUGACUAUUAAUAUCUCUGCAUUUUGAGAGAGCAGCUGAGAAACCGAAGCAGAUAGGUUCCUUGUGGCUUCCGCUGCUGGAAUAUUGGCAUUUGUUGUACCUGAUACUGGCUUCCAGUGAAUACACUUUAAUUGUAAUAAACCACAAACUGAACCAUA